CCCGCCCCCUCCGUAACCUCGAGCGCUACAUCGCACAAAGAUCACGCACGUCUCGGGCUCCCGGUGCCCCAAUACAGACCCCGCGGAAGUGUUCGCGGACUACGUACGUAGCGGCGAUGGACGCAUCGGCGACGUCGCAGAAGCGCAAGUGCCCCGACAAGGAGGAGACAGUCGGCAUGUGCGCCGACGGCUGCGGCUUCUUCGGCGCCGCCGCCACCGGCAACAUGUGCUCCAAGUGCUGCCUGGACCACGUCAUCAUCGGCACCGCUAACACCGUGGCCGCCCCGACCGGGCCUCCGGAGAAGAAGGCCAAGAUUAUCGUCGCUGUCCCGUCCUCGAGACGUGAUUCAGGACCAUGGUUCAGCCGAACCUAUGGUCUAUGCCGUACAAUUUAAGACUACCCACAUGCGAGUAACAUAGGUAGUAACAUCACACAUAUCUAGGUUAAAUAGAUGAUGUGGCAUGCAAUAAUUAAAGAAAGAGAUGAAAGUGGUAACAUAGCUAGUUACUAUUAGUAUGAGUAA